CUCCUUUCAGAGGGUCGGGAAACCAAGCUUAUUUAUUUUUCAUUCUGAACAUGUUACCUUUGAAAGUAACAAUCAGUAUUUGGCUUUUCUACAGAGCAUCCUGCAUAUUACCUCGCACAACAGGUAGAAGCUCGUUUUUGCUAAAUUCCCUUGUCUUCCUAGUGAACAUACCCUCACUUUAACUAUCUGUGAAGGGGAAAAUCUUGUAGGAUGGCGCUUCCUACCAUCGACUUAAAGAUUCCCGAGUAUGAGGAGUGUCAGCACAAAAUCACAGACUUUUUAUCGCAUUUCAAACAAGAAGUAGCACCUUUAGCAACUAGUGCCGGUGCGGCUUUCCAAAACCGAGAAGGAUUUGACGAAGAUGAUUUAUUGAUGGAAGAUAUUGAAUCUGCUGAAAAUGGCCCAAUGCUAAGAGCCAAAUACAUGGAUAUUUUACAGGACGUCGCUAAUCGGAAGCGGAAUGUCAUUACAAUUGAUUUGAAUGAUCUCUAUGAAUUUGAUCCUAGUGAUUCCAAAUUACUUUCGAAUAUUGAAAGAAAUACGAAACGCUUUGUUGAGCUCUUCUCUCAAUGUGUAGAUUCCUUGAUGCCGCCUCCUACUGUCGAUAUAAACUAUAAAAAUGAGGUGUUGGAUGUAAUUAUGCAGCAGCGUCUUCAGCGCAACGAAAAUCUUGAUCCUGAACAAAGUGGAUUCCCCCCAGAACUGACGCGUGGUUAUGACCUUUAUUUUUACCCCAUGACUCGUAACAAAAAGCCUUUUAGCGUUCGUGAUCUUCGUGGUGAAAAUCUAGGCUCCCUAGUUACUUUACGAGGAAUCAUCACGCGUACAAGCGAUGUGAAGCCAAGCUUAAUUGUGAAUGCCUACACAUGUGAUCGCUGUGGUUACGAAGUCUUUCAGCAGAUUCGACAAAAAACAUUUUUACCUAUCACAGAAUGCCCAUCUGAUGAAUGCAGAAAAAAUGAUGCAAAAGGUCAGCUUUUUAUGAGUACUCGUGCAAGCAAAUUCCUUGCUUUUCAGGAGGUGAAAAUUCAAGAACUUACCAACCAAGUUCCAAUCGGGCAUAUUCCUCGUACAAUUACCGUUCAUUUGUAUGGUGCAAUCACUCGUACGGUUAAUCCAGGUGAUAUAGUUGAUGUUUCUGGUAUUUAUUUACCCACUCCUUACACCGGCUUCCGUGCUUUGCGUGCUGGUUUACUCACUGAUACUUAUCUUGAGUGCCAUGCCAUUUCCCAUUUAAUCAAAAGUUAUACUAAUACUGAGGGAACUGCAGAAACCGAGGCCACAAUCGCCGAACUACACAAAGGUGGAAAUGUGUACGAAAAAUUAGCAAAAUCAAUUGCUCCAGAAAUUUACGGCCAUGAAGAUGUUAAAAAGGCUUUGCUUUUGCUUUUAGUAGGUGGUGUAACUAAGGUACUUGGUGACGGUAUGCGUAUCCGUGGUGACAUAAACGUCUGUCUUACUGGUGAUCCUGGUGUUGCUAAGUCUCAACUUUUAAAAUAUAUUUCUAAAGUUGCACCUCGCGGUGUGUAUACAACUGGCCGAGGUUCUUCGGGUGUUGGUUUGACCGCUGCCGUUAUGCGAGACCCCGUGACUGAUGAAAUGGUGUUGGAGGGUGGUGCUUUGGUUUUGGCUGACAAUGGUAUUUGUUGUAUUGAUGAAUUUGAUAAAAUGGAUGAAAGCGAUCGUACUGCUAUCCAUGAAGUGAUGGAACAACAAACCAUCUCUAUUUCGAAAGCAGGCAUAACUACCACCCUUAACGCUCGCACAAGUAUUUUAGCCGCCGCAAAUCCUUUGUAUGGACGUUAUAAUCCAAAGGUUGCUCCUAUUCAUAAUAUCAAUCUUCCGGCUGCUUUACUUUCGCGUUUUGAUGUUCUAUUCCUUAUCCUUGAUACCCCCUCCCGCGAAACCGAUGAGCACUUAGCUCAGCACGUUACAUACGUCCAUAUGUAUAACGAGCAACCUAAGAUGGAUUUUGAACCUUUGGAUCCUUCUAUGAUUCGCCAUUACAUUUCAGCUGCUCGUCAAUACCGUCCUGUUGUUCCUAAGCAUGUAUGUGAGUACGUGACUGGUGCGUACGUUCAGCUUCGUCAGAACCAAAAACGGGAUGAAGCAAGUGAAAGACAGUUUUCCCAUACAACUCCGCGUACACUUUUAGGUAUCCUUCGUAUGGGACAAGCACUCGCUAGACUAAGAUUCAGCCACACAGUGGAAAUCAGUGAUGUUGAUGAAGCUUUAAGGUUGAUGGCUGUUUCUAAGUCUUCAUUAUAUGAAGAUUUAGAUCCUGGUUAUCAUGAUACUACAAUCACUUCUAAAAUAUACAAAAUUAUCAGGGAUAUGCUUAAUAACGCUUCUACCGACGAAGAAAGUGGCUCUUCGUUGUCUCUUCGUGCCAUUCGAGAGCGCGUUCUCGCGAAGGGAUUCACUGAAAAUCACCUACUCAACACUAUUCAGGAAUACACAGAACUAGGUGUUCUGCUUACUACGGACAAUGGACAGAAUGUUAUGUUUUUAGAUCCUGAUAUGUAAGUCAAUCCUUGGUUAAUUCGUUUCUGUAUGUACAAUAAUUUCUCUCGUUAAUGAUCUAUAUAUACUUUUGGGUCUUUUCUUUCCUUUCAUGAGUACUUUCUUUUCUCUAGUCGAAUAUUUUACCAGGGGAUUAUUAUUUCGGUUACUGUCUCUUCUUACCAGUUUUUACUCUUAGCCAUUCUGCAGGUUUAAAUGUAAUUUAACAGAUAAAACUGAGAGACAUGGGUUAUUUAAAUUUAAAUUUUUUUAUUAAUAUAAGUUUAUUACGCGUAUAUAAUAUAAACAUAAUGUCUUUACUGUCUUGAUUCAUUCAUUAAAAAAUCC